AUUUCGAAAUUUAUAAAAACUAUAUAUGGUUAAUAAUAAGUAAAUGAUUGGUUAACUACACUUUUUCAUUGAUUAACAGAUUUAUUGAAAGUUUAAUUUAUAUAUGCCGUUAGUUAUAUACAUAUACAUACAUAAUAAUCGUUACAUUUGAAAGUUACAUUUGUUAUUUACAUUUCUAUGAAUCUCUUUGCUUGGAAUUUGGAUAUCUUUUGGUUGUAGAUGUGUGUGUAUGAUCUGUCUUAAACAAGCAACUAUAUUAAUUAAUAUUUAUAUAGUUACAUUAUUAUCAAAUUAAUGUGUACUUUAUGCAUAUUUUGGUUGAUAUUUCAUUUCAUGACCCCUAAAAAAACGAAAAAAACGGAAAAAGUUGGUUAGGUGGAAGUUGAAUGAUAAUCAAACACUUUUGCUUUGUUGUUUUUGGUGAUCUCUCUUUCUCUCUCUCUCUCUCUCUCUAAGGCAGGUUUUGGAAGCAAAAGAGAAGAUGGCGUAUAGAAGAAGACAAGGCAUAUCAAGAGCUUCAACAUUCAAGGAAGAAUUUCAUUCAUCAUUGGAUGAUCCUAAAGAUUCUGAUCUUCAAAAUGGUUCUGUCUCUUCUUCUAAUUCUUCGCUCUCCGUUCAAGCCAUUAAAGCCUCUGCUGCUCGUCAUCAGCCCGCUCUUUCCUUCGCUUUGGACCCCUCUCAUCCUGACUAUCAACGAUCUACGAGUUUUGAUGCUUAUGGACAUGAUAACAAGUCUGGUUUCUGGGGUGUUUUGGCUCAUAAAGCAAAAUCAAUGUUGGAUGAAAACAAUUCAGGUCUACAACAACAUGACACCAAGCCACAAACACUCAAAUCAUACUCAUUUAAUACUUUUACUAGCCCCAUUUCAACUCAGCCUCCUGAAUCUAAUAAAAGAAUGGACAAUCCUUCAAUUCGGAAGGGCUUGGAUGCAAUCUCUUCUUCUCUCAAUCAACUAGGUGACACUUUUGAGAAGGCUUAUGAGGAAGGUAAAACAAUUGUGGAGAAUAAGACAGCAGACCUGAGAUCUCAAAUCAGGCGAAAAGGAAAUGGCCCUGAGGACAUAUACCAAGCUUCAGAUCAGAUGCAGGGUCCUUCUCACCAUGAAACACAACUCAAGGCAACACGCGACGUGGCAAUGGCAACAGCUGCAAAAGCAAAAUUACUUCUUCGCGAGCUAAAAACAGUUAAAGCAGAUUUAGCAUUUGCUAAAGCACGAAGUUCUCAACUUGAAGAAGAAAAUAAAUUACUCAGGGAACGAGAAGGCAGCGAUAAGGGACUUAAUCAUAAUGACGAUGAUCUGAUUCGAAAUCAACUGGAAACGCUUCUAGCUGAGAAGGCUCGUUUGGCUAAUGAGAAUGAGACAUAUUCAAGGGAAAACCGUUUUCUGAGGGAAAUCGUGGAAUACCAUCAGCUGACAAUGCAGGAUGUGGUGUAUCUUGAUGAGGGAAUGGAAGAAGUCACUAUGGAUGACAAUGGAAUCACUAGGGUGCUAUCUAUCUCGCCACACGCAUUAUCACCGAGAUCGCCUGACGAGGUUGUUCUAGAGUCAACAAAAGUAAUGUUUCCUGUACCAGAAGAAGAUGAUAAGAGUACAUCAGAUGAAAAUGACACUCCUCCCACUGUCUCAUCUUCUCAGCAUGCAAAAUGAUCACUUUUUUUUUUGUUCAUAGGGUAGCCUUAGAUCAGAUUCUCUUGUUUGAAGAAAUAUAUGCAUGAUUUUUAACAUAUGUUCAUUUAUUUGUUCUACCUGAUUGCAGUGUGAGGACUGAGAAAUUAAGAGGGUGAGAGUAUUUGAUUGAAACACAUUUGUUUUGUGUGUAACUUCCCUGUCACGGUGAGCUUGGUUUGGAAAAUUCUUUAACUUUUUCAAUGUAUUGGCUGAUCAAAUUUUGUUGGAUGGCCUAGUACAAAUAUUAUAGCUUCAUUUAACUUUUUAAA